UAUAAACUUGGCCAAAGUUUGGAUCAAUUGAUCAUUGUAAAAGAUCCGAAGAGGGAAUCUUGAAUUAUUGAUGGCCAGGAGCAAGGAGAUGGUGGUGCUGUACCCGUCGCCGGGGAUGGGCCACCUGGUCUCUAUGGUGGAGCUCGGCCGCCUCUUCCUCCAACGUGGCCUCGCCGUGACCAUCGUCACCGUCGACCCACCCUACAACACUGGCUCCACCGCCUCCUUCAUCGCCCGCGCCUCCGCCGCCAACCCCGGCAUCGCCUUCCACCGCCUCCCCGCCGUCGAACUGCCCCCCAACCCCUCCUCCCACCACCACGAGGCCCUCGCCUUCGACCUCCUCCGCCGCUCCAACUCCAACCUCCUCUCCUUCCUCCGCUCCCUCUCCCCUGCCCCCAGCGCCCUCGUCCUCGACUUCUUCUGCCUCUUCGCUCUCGACGUCGCCGUCCCCCUCCACCUCCCUUGCUUCCUGUUCUUCACAUCUGGCUCCUCCGUCCUCGCCAUGUUCCUCCACCUCCCCUCUCUAGACGCCGCCUGCGCCCCCAGAAGCUUUCGCGACCUCGCCGGCACGCCGCUUUCCAUCCCCGGCGUCCCCCCGCUCCCCGCCGACCACAUGUGCCUCCCCAUGCUCGACCGCGACGACGACGCCUACAGAGGCUUCGUCUACCUCGCCGAUCGCAUACCUGAUGUCAAAGGCAUCUUCGUCAACACCUUCCGGGAACUCGAGCCGCGCGCGCUCGAGGCCGUCGCCGCCGGUCUCUGCGUCACCGACGGCCGCUCCACGCCGCCGGUGUACCCCAUCGGCCCUUUGAUCACCGAGAGGAAGACGGACGGCGGAGGCGAGUGCUUAGCGUGGCUCGACGCCGUCCCGAACGCCAGCGUCGUCUUCCUCUGUUUCGGCAGCAUCGGACUGUUCGAGGCGGAGCAGUUGAGGGAGAUCGCGACAGGACUUGACCGGAGCGGGCACCGGUUCUUGUGGGUGGUCCGGAGCCCUCCGAGCCAUGACCCCUCCAAGCGGUUCGAAGCGCCGCCCGAGCCCGACCUGGGCGCGCUUCUUCCCGAGGGUUUCCUCGAGCGAACGCGCGCGCGGGGGCUGGUGGUGAAGGGGUGGGCGCCGCAGUCGGAGGUGCUCCGCCACGCGGCGGUGGGAGGGUUCGUGACCCACUGCGGGUGGAACUCGGUGCUGGAGGCGGUGGUAGCGGGCGUGCCCAUGCUUGCGUGGCCGCUCUACGCAGAGCAAUGGAUGAACAAGGUGUUCCUGGUGGAGGAGAUGCAGGCGGCGGCGGCGGUGGAGGGGUACGCGGGGCUGGUGACUGCGGAGGAGAUCGAGAUGAAGGUGCGGUGGUUAAUGGAGUCUGAGGGAGGGAGGAGGCUGAGGGAUCGUGCGGCGGACAUGAAGGAGAGGGCAGCGGCCGCGGUCGGGGAAGGGGGAUCGUCGCGGGCGGCGCUCCAGGAGCUGGUGGCGCAGCUGAAACGCGGCGAGGAGAACGGAGAGUGACUUGGAAAAAAACGAGCGUUGACCGUCCAGUGAUUGUUGACCGCAGUCCACAAAGCUGUGUGCGUUUCUUUUCUUCUAUAAAAAUGGAAUAAAAUAUAUUUUCCUAAAUAAAAAAAUAAUUAUUUCA